UCUAAAUAUCUACAACGUCAGUCCUCUUCGGGGGACCGUGGAUGACCCAGAAAAGACUUUCUGGUAAGCAUCAAACUAGCACUGUCAAGCUUGUGACAGGUGCUUGUCUCUAUUCUCCGGUGAUGAUGACAAUUUAUACCCAAAGGCAAUGGCACUUUGAUUUCUAGCUGUUGCCGAUGAUGGGUGUAUUUGACUACAACGGUAUCUGAGGAGAAUAAUUCAAACACUUGUUCUUGUUAUUUUUUGCUCUUUUUCUUCCCGGCCACUGGCAAUGUGGGUCUCGCGUAACAGAGAGCUAUGUCGCUGACUCUUCGCGGUUACUCUCCAAGUAGAAUUUUCCAAUCAAUUCAAUUCAUUAUCAUAAAUAAACCAUGGCAAAUGAUGCUACGUCCACCUCGCCGUCGGCGGCGGUGCCAGUCCCUAGUCAAUCCGAGUCCAAGCAGGGCGCUCCCCGGCCUCGUGUCCCUCGGCCUCCAAGACCCAAUUUCAAACAGAUCUAUCGCUUUCCUCUUCCGAUCGACGUCCAUCCUCUUCCACCGCUGAUCCCGCAUAAUCCCUUGUCGAUCGUCAGCGUUCUGCUGUCUUACUUGACCUAUUUUAUCGCUCCGCCUCAUCAGGAUGUAUACCCUGCCUAUUUCGAUGCAGACACCUCGUCCGUCCACGUCACGGACGAGAAGGCGAUCCGUGCCCUGUGGGAAAUGGGAUUCUUCGGCAAGGGGACCCUGAGUCGCAGUGAGCCGAGUUGGUUGGGUCGGGAGAAGAAACGGCGAGGGCUCCUGGGGACCGUCGCGAGUGAAGACAUGACGCGCCAACGCAGGUCCGAGCGCCGUGAGCUGAAAUUGGAGCGGGCGAGGAUGGAGAGGGUCGCCGUGGAGGAAAGACUGAAGGCGGAAGCUGCGGCACGGGACGCCGCCGAUUUGUCCGCUGAUCACACUGCCCUGCCACCGUCCGCUGAUGGUCUCACGAACGGCACGGACGGCACGGCCCCGAACACAGAGAAAUUCUCCUUGCGAAAAGCCAGAGAGGCCAGAUUCCUAGAGUCGCGACGGCUGGCUGCGCAAGACGGGGAGGAACGUGUCGCCGAUCCUGCGGGGAAGCGGCCGGCCGGUGGUAAAACCGUGCGCUUUUCUCCAGUUGUCCAGGCAAAGGAGAUCGCGUCCGAUUCGGCCGUUCAUCUGCUCGAUCCCAUCGGGGAUGAGGCUGAGCCCGAGGAACCGGCCCCGCUCCAGAAUGAGGAGCAUCUGCAGUUGUCCAACGAAGAGGCAUUUUUCUUAGCCUACGGACUUGGUACCCUAGAUGUCUACGACGGCAAGCGAAACAUCUUGCUACCGGCAUCCUCUUUACUCCCGCUGUUUUGCCGACAUUCACACUUCCCUGCGCAAGAUUCCUCCGUCGAUCCGAAACCGGAUGAUCCCUUCCUGGUCUCAUAUGCCGUGUACCACCAUUUCCGGUCCCUGGGGUGGGUGGUGCGCUCCGGCGUGAAAUUCGGGGUGGACUAUCUCCUUUACAACCGUGGCCCUGUUUUCUCCCACGCCGAAUUCGCCGUUGUCGUCAUCCCGUCCUAUAGCCAUCCUUACUGGUCUGAGACCGAGGCCCGUCGAGCGCAAUGUGACCGGAACCAGUCACGUAGCUGGUGGUGGCUUCAUUGCGUGAACCGUGUGCAGGCCCAGGUCAAGAAGAGCCUGGUAAUCUGCUAUGUGGAGGUGCCACCGUCGGGUCCUUGCGCCGCAGGGGAAGGUUCCACGAGUGACAUCGGGGACCUUCUUUCUCGUUACAGCAUCCGCGAGAUGGUGAUGCGACGCACCGUCCAUUGUUUGCGAUGUGAUAUAAUGGAGACUGAGAGCCUUAGGUUGAAGGUGAUCAUGGAAACCCAGGAUGACAGCCUGGACAUUGUGAAAUUACAACGCGUCGCGCUGGGCUUGGUAGGUGUUACCUUUGAUGUUCCACCAUCACAACACCUCUUGAAUGAGCCUGAGGUGACUGAGAACCUACCCUCGGACACCGUCGACCACGGACGCCACCACAUUUCGCUUGAAAGCGUGCCGCUUGCGAGCCAGGAGGCCAUGCGGAAGUCCCCGACGCAUCAACCCCAUUCGCCAUCCCCAGAGCAAGGACCCGAUAUUCGCCCUGGAGGCUUCCAGCAUUUGAGAAUGGACACGGCAGACGCGAUUCCGUCGGAUACGCAAGUGAUCUCGCAAUCGGUCUACGACGACGUGAUACGGCAGAACAAGGAGGCCGCCACCGCGGCGGCGUUCGAUAGCAACCUGGGGGAUCGUGCGACGCUCAUGACUCUUCAUGAGGGAGACAGUGGCCAUCUUGAUCUCUUGUCGGGUUUUGACGCUACCAACAUCGACUCGGCUAAUCUGGAAGAUAACGAUGAUCAGAGCAGCUCCAAGCUAGGGGAGUCGUCUCCUAUGGUCUACCAGCCAAAUCUGUUCCCCGAAUCACAACGGUUCCUAUCGAAAACUCCGGCGUCGGCUGCGAAGCUGGGUCCCCCGGGUACGCCUGCAACGGGAACCCCCUGUGCCUCGCGAAAUCCGUUGGCGGCGAAUGUUGAAUCGAGCGGGGGGAUUAUGGCCCUGAGCCAGGUUUUUAGGGCAACUCAGGUUCCAUCCUCGCCGUUGGUCAAUGGGCAGCUAUCGGAACCGCUGUCUGAACGGCCGUCGCCUAACCUACCGAUCCAGAACCAUGCACCCCCGCAUGGUCUAUCGUCCCCAUUGCAUACCCUCGCAGCCACCUUUCCGCAAGACUCGUCCGAGCCACACUUGCACUACAUCACUAUGAAGGAAUCGCAGACUCGACGCGACAAGGCCAUGCAAGAGAGAAUGGCCCGGUCGGCGGAACUUGUUUACUCGGAGGACCAGAGCGACGGCGAAUUCGAUAAAGAACCUAGCUUCGUCGAACAGCUGCGGAGACAGAAGACGAUAGAUGCGGAAACUACAGCGCAAUUCGCUGGCCUCACGGCGCCUGCGAGGUCGCCGAGCCAGCGGAAGCGUCCAGCUAGUAUGCAUGGCAUGUCACCGAGUGGGCGGCAUGAGCGACGGAAGUGGCCGGUGCCGCCUGUGCCUGCGGUCUCUGGGGAUGAUAUGCAAGAAUGUGCCGCUCCUCCCGCCGUGGGAGUGGCCAGCGAAGAAGAAACAGAACAGGAAGAAGAGCUGUUCCCGCCAGUUCCUCGGUCUCAAGAUCCCGAUCCUUCAACCGAGGAAGACAAAGAAAAUUGUCUGGACAAUUCGCAAAACCAACCUGACGGCGCGGGCAGCGCUCACGGCCGCCUAUCCCAGGUCCUUGAUCUAUAUGAGAGCCCAACCAAUACUCCCGGACAACCGGAACCCACUGCAGAUGAACAUUGGGGUGGGACUGGUCGGUCAUCCCAGGUAUUGGUUGUGAAAGAUUCUCAGAGAUCUCCAGAGCCACAAGAUGGCGAUGGCCUUUCCAAGGCCACCAUAGACGGACCGUGGAACGGUAACCAGACCACGCCGUCCCCUACGAAAAAUCUUGGCAUACAAUCAUCUCCUCCCUCCGAAUCUCAACGCAGCCGGGUCUCGUUCAGGCUUGAUGAUCACAAUACCGCAGUGCGGGCUAGGUCAGACUCCGCGGGCUCGGAUGUUGGUACUUCAACCAGGCUUCGGGUUCCAGCCACCCAGGAAGACAAUGGGGACUGGCAGAGCAUCCCCGCUACGCAAAACCAUACAGUCCUCAGCGAUCAAUUGCAAAAACGAGGUCUCGGAGAAAAGUCGUCGUCAAUGCCUUCUCGUGUUGCCGAGACACCCAUCCAACGCCCAGAGAGCUUCGGCGAUGUGCUCACGACGAGUGUACCGGAGACGAGUCCCAGCCGCUUCCCCAGCCAGGCUUGGGCCGGUGACGGGAACAACGAUGCCAUGGAUCAAGAGGACGACGACCUACCCCCUGUUUACGUUGCCACGCACGAACGAGCCAGUCGUUCUCAGCCUCUGUUUUCGGACAGCUCCUCCCCCGCGAAAGACUAUUUCCACUCGAAGAUAUUUUCCAGCCCGAGUGGCAGACAACGCAGGGCACUCACCGAGAUUGCCGCCGAUAUCUCGCCCUACGCUGAUGCUGGUCGUUUUGACGUCGAUAUCAACAUACUAUCGACAGACGAUCGAGAUUUCAGGGCCGCAGUCGCAAUGUCACCAACCCCAAAGAAGAAACGCCAUGUGCAACCUGCGACGACGGGUGAUGCUGAAGAGUCUCUUCCUGUCCGGAAUCAACCACGCCAUGAAUCUGCCAAUGAAGGGUCGAAAGAGGCAGAUUCCCGACCAGUUCCCACACAUGGGCCCAAAGAGCCUACGCCCUCCCAUCAAGAGCCUCAGAACAAAACUGCUGUCGAGGAGCCUAGAGAAACAAGGAUCCUCGAUACUACAAAGCGCAAACGCGCAGAUACUACAUCUGUCGAUGAAGAGCCACGCAGGGAAAUCACUGUGGAAGAACCGAAAGAAACAACAGCUCAAGUGACCACGCACGAAUCCCAGGAACCAACCCUCAUUCAAGAAGAACCACGGAGGGAACUUUCUGUCAAGAUAAGGCCAACCAUGAGAUCUACCCCAGAAGACCCUGAACAAAUCCCUAGCGGGAGCAAUGCACCGAUUGCGUUCAAUCAGGUUCUUGCUCCCUGGAGUGGGCCAAAGCGGGCGUAUUACCCUGCAACAUGUUUCGGGAAGCCAUUCGGGACGUCACAGUCCCGUUAUUUGGUCAAAUUCGAAGACAGCACGCCUGUCGAGGUGCCGCUUGGCGCAGUCAAACGGCUGGAGUUACGGAUUGGCGAUGCUGUGAAAGUCGACGUACCCAACGUUCCCAAGGUCACCCAUAUUAUCCGAGGCCUGGAAAACAAACUCAGUGGCGACGAGCUAGCGAAGGAAUCCGCCAGUGGUACGAUUCCGGUGACUGAUAUAUACGGCCACUCGACUCUAUUGCUGGGCCCAAAGCAGCGCAAAAGCCUGCCAAACGGGGGCCUUCCAGGUCCUGAAAAUAUUGUCAAGGUCCCGAUAUCCCGGAUAUACCUGGACACGAUCCUGUGGAAUCAGCUCAAGGACAGGCAGUACACCUACACCUCUGUAUCAAAGCAAGUGGAGUCGGGCCUCCACACACCUUCCGACAGACACAUGACGCCAGCGUCCCCCAGUACACGUCUGUCCCGCAGCAUUCGCUUCUCAAGCGGCCUGUUCACCGGGAUGGUCUUUGCGGUCUCGUACGGCGAAAACGCCGACACCAAGUCCCGCAUAGUAAAGAUGAUUCUGGAAAACGACGGACGCAUCCUGGAAGAUGGCUUCAACGAACUAUUCGAGCUCCCAUCCAACGCCCCCCUAGCCACCCCAACCAAAUCUCCCGCCUCAAUCACCAGUGGCAACAACAACCAGUUCCGCCUUACGAGCGGUGCCAAAGACGUCGGGUUCGCCUGCCUAAUAGCCGACAAGCACUCCCGCCGGCCGAAAUACAUGCAAGCGCUAGCUCUCAACCUCCCCUGUCUCUCAGACCGGUGGAUCGAAGACUGCGUCACGCACAACCGGAUCGUCGAAUGGGAGAUGUACCUACUCCCAGCGGGCGAUUCAUCCUACCUAAACGGGGCCACCAAGUCCCGCUUCCUCGCUCCAUACCCAGCAGCCAAGGCCCGGCUCUCAGACACGAUCGCCGCGCGACCGAGCUUCCUAAGCGGCCAGUCGGUCCUCAUCGUCAUGGGCCGCGGCAAAGCCGACGAGGAGCGACGCAAGACCUACCUUUUCCUAACGUACGCGCUGGGCGCCUCGCGUGUGGAGCGUCUACCGGACGUUAAGUCCGUACGAGCCGCCUGCGAACAAGGCGCUGGGUCCGGCGCCGGCUGGGACUGGGUCUACGUCGACAGCGAGGAGAAAGCCUCGGCGAUAGGUUCCCUGCUCGGGCAAUCCGUGUCGGGGUCGCAGCAGUCGCAGUCGUCGCAGUCGCAGCGGCCGAGGAAACGCAAGCGGUCUGGCUUUGCGGGAUCCUUCGCGGGUGAUAAUGACACGGGUGGGAAUACCAGUGUCAGGAUUGUGAGCAAUGAGCUUGUUUGCCAGAGUUUGAUCCUGGGGAGGUUGUUGGCGCAGUAG